AUGGCAGUGCCAUCCAAUAACACAGCUUUAACCUUGAUCCUCUCAAAACUGCUAGAAGACUAUGUAGAGAAGACAAACCAUCCCAAGCCUGCACCCGUCAUUGACUCUAGUGACCACCUGGAAGUAGUGUUUAUACUUCUGCUGCUUGGAUUUUUUGGAUUCAUCACCUUAGGGGUCAUGAUUAGCUACAUCCGCUCCAAAAAGCUUGAACAUUCCAAUGACCCCUACAAUAUCUAUAUUGCCACUGAUCUUUGGAAGAAGAGGGAUAAAGCCAACUUGCAGGCCAAAGUGGUAGAAAAUUAUAAAUCAUGUUGCAUAUGGAAAAACCAGCAUGCUGUCGAACAACCUACGAAUCAUAUCCCUGAAGCGAAAGCGUAA